AUGGCAGGGCGUUCGGCCGGAAGUGACCUUGUGAAUCACAUUGUUGGUCUCAUACUCCUUCGACUUAUCACCAACAAGCCGAUCCCUAGACGCAAGAACCCUAUCGAGUCCAUCUACAAACUUCGAGAUGAUUUGAUCCCGGUCGAAGAUUUGCAUAUCUACGGGUCUUCGUAUCAGAAGUUAGACUUUUACACAGGGAAGCCGGAGAGAGACGGGAGCCAGCUUCUUAAGCUACCAUCAACUGACCCCACGAGAUCUAUGGCAUCGAUAUGGAGGUGA